AUGGAUGAAACCUAUGUGGAUUCGUCAUAUUUUAGUAGAAUUAAGGUAAUAUUCCUCGGAGCGGCUGGAGUGGGUAAAACGGCAAUAAUCACUAGAUUUGUGGAUAACUAUUGGACAGAUAAAGCUAUACCUACAAUAGGUGUCGACUUUACGGGGAGAACAGUAAAUGUAGAUGGAAGGCCUGUGAGGAUACAAAUUUGGGACACAGCCGGUCAAGAGCGUUUUCACAGCCUGAUCCCAUCGUAUUUGCGUGAAGCCCGUGGAGCGGUCGUUGUUUAUGAUGUGACAAAUAGAGAAUCAUUCAAUGAGGUAUUAAAAUUAACUAAGCGUUCAAAACAUACCAUUAAUUCUAAUUGUUUUGUAUGA